UUAGCAAAUCUGUAAACAAUAAUGGAUGCCAUGUACUGAAGUUUCUUUGAAAUUUUGAAAGAUAACAAUAUAUAUCAAAGAACUACUGUAAGUGUUGCACAGAGUGCAGAACCAUGCCUGGAGAAAGACUAUAUGGUGCUGUUGGGGAGCCCCAGAAUACAACGGUACUGAUGGAGACUAUUUAUAAGCUGAAACAAGAAAUCCAAAAAAACAAUGCAGAAAAACAAGCUCUUGCUGAACAACUCAACUGCCUUAUUCUCUUAGUUAAAAGAUCUUGGGAAGGGGAUCACAAUGCUUCCCUCCACCUUAGCAAUAUUGUAGGAGUUCCACCCCCUAAUUUUCAUGAGUCAUCAAGUCCUGAAAGAGUUGUCACUAACACACCGGUGCCAGAUAAUGUAAAGAGCAAAGCUGUUCAGUUAUGGGAGCGCUUAGCUAUCAAGCUUCUGGAACAGGACAACAUCAGAAUCCAGCAUGAAGUCCAACUACGUCAACAAUUGUACAUCGAACGACGACAGAUGUACAUGGACGAAUUGAUGGAUACACAUAAGAAGGAGAUGUCCCAUCUUCCUAUCACACGCAGCAAGAAAAGUCUAGAGGAAGUGGACAAAAAGUUCAUGAAGACUUUCAAUAGGAACCCCAAUUUGAACAGACCUGGCAGUGGUGCACGCACAAUACAGCAAAGAGCUAAGAGUGCUGUCACAAGAACCAGAAAAGACAGUGCAAAUGGAGUGGAGUUAACCAUUAAUGACAUCCUACAUCCAGAUCAUGCUCAUCUCAGACAAGAGACCAACAAUGCAUUUUCGGGACUGUACAAGCUUGACAAAGAAAAUAACAGAGACCAGUUCAUUAGCAGAUUGGACUAUGAUGACCCAGAUCGAUACAGACCUGCUGGCAACAUCUUUGAUCUUGAUGCUGUAUUUGGACCAGAAUAUCAAGAGCCAGCCUCUAAGCGACCAAUUAGUGCAUUCCUUCCAAAUGGCAUGGAGAGACAGAAGCAGAGGCCAAAGAGCGCAGGAGUUUUCCUUACACAAAAACAUGACCGGCAGAUAAAGUUUGACACAACACGCCCCGUGACUGGAAAACCAUCAGAAAGAAAGGGAUCAAGUCAAAGAAAGAAAUCUGCUGGUCCAAGAGAGGCUGAUGAGCCAGUCCAUACACAAACAGAUCUGGCAGACAACCAAGAGGAAGCUUCAGUAAACAAUGCCAGUCAACAGUUGGAGGAGGAGUCAGAUGAGGAACAGCAACCAAUCAGGGUAAAGAUGAGUGCCUAUAAAAAACGCCCACAGCAUGUGGAUAAAUUUUGUAAUGAACUCAAAGAAAUGGAAGAUAUGGAGCAAGAAUUCCGAAAGAACACAAUUGCUUUGCAGAAGAAGUUGGGUAUUGGAGACACAGGGAUGGUGAUCUGAUUUUGCUGUUCUGAUACAGUAUAAUUAUAUAUUACUUUCAAUACCUGAUAACUUUAUCUUCAUGUAAUUCACAAAGUUGCCUUGACAAAAAAGAAGGUUCUCAUGCAUAGAAUAUGUACACAGUAAAACAUGCUUAUGACAAACAUGCUGGUAAUGAAUUCACUCUUAAUGCGAAGUGAUAUUCAGUCCCCGAUGAGAGGAUAAUAAGGAAACUUAUUUUGCUGGCCCUGAAGGUUCACUAUAACCGUGUUUUACUGUAUAUGUAAUGAUGAACAGAUUGUACUUUUGCAAAACUUAUAUCUUUCCGAUAUUUUUGCACUAAGACAAGAUCGUGAAAAUAAAGUCUACCAAAAAUCAUAAUGUAUACUGCCUUUUCAAAUGGAUUACUGAGGAUGAGACGAUUGUUUAUAAUAUUUCCCUGAUAUUUUUAUGUAUGGCUGUUUGUGGGUGUAGGUAUUAUGUAAAGUGAUGUAAACUUCGGUGGAUUAUUAUUUUUGUACCUUGAUGCAUUACAUGUACUGUUGUUAAUGCUUUUAAUGCAAAAGAAUCUACUGUACCAGUGGCAGAUUUAGAGUGGAGCCCAGGGGAGUCCCCAUUUAGAAAUUCACCAUUGUGCUUCCUGUAAACUAAACGUUUUUGAGGGUCAAGUCCCCUAAACCCUAUAAGUGUCAAAAACUGCUCAGAAUAUUCACCAUUUUCCUUCAUUUAAACGAAAAACAACCAGAGGCAUGCCCCAGAACCCCCGGGAGGAAUUCAUGCCUUCACGAUCAAAACUUGCAUUCCCAGCUUAUUCCAUCCUUGGUUGUCCUCCUCUUGGGAAAAUCCUGGAUCUGCCAUUGUGUACCAUAGAGAGUAUAGAACAAGUUUCCUCAUGUAAAAUGUUUUAGAUAUUGUAAUGAUGUUAAUGAUAAGAGAAAACUAAAUUAUUUUAUAACUAAA